UGUGUCCUCACCAGCAGAUGGUGCAUUCCUCAGGCUUUUUAUGAAUCGCUGCUGCUGCUCGCGUAGAGGCGGAGUUUUAUUUAUUUAUUUAUUUAUGUUUUUUUCCUUUCUUUCUGCUUGUUGUCGACGACGUGCAGGCGCUGGGCAGCAAGCAGAGGGCAGCAGGCUGGGUUCCUCUCAUCCUGACUGUAUCACAAGGACCAACAACAUCACCAUCAUCAUCAUCAUCAUCAUCGCGAUCCUCCAUCCACCCAGACAAGGACAACCUCUCCGGGAUAUACACGGGGGACAGUGCAAUCUAAUCAGAAAGAAAACGGAGGACAGAAAUCGCAUCGAAAGCGGCAAAAAUGUUGGCGUGUACAGAAAUGAUCACCAUGUGUCUUCAAUCCGCAAAGCGCGAACACUUGAGAAAGCAGCAGGAGCUUGACCACAACCAAAAUCAAGGCAUCUCUCUGUUUCAUGAUAUAUUCCGCCGGGCGGACAAAAAUGACGACGGGAAGCUGUCCUUGGAGGAGUUCCAGUCGUACUUCACUGAUGGUAUCCUCACUGACAAGCAGAUGCAGGAGCUGUAUUACUCCAUCGACAGGCAGCAGACAGACAACCUGGACAUAGACAAACUCUCAGAGUACUUCACUCCACAUCUGGGAGAGUACGUCAACGUCCUGUCUGCUCUGGAGAAGCUGAACGUGGCCAUUUUGAAGGCCAUGGAUAAAACUAAAGAGGAGUAUCAGGGCUCAUCUGUGCUGGGUCAGUUUGUGACGCGUUUCUUGCUGAGGGAGACCUCCACCCAGCUGCAGUCCCUUCAAUCAUCUCUGGACUGCGCUAUGGAGGCUGUUCAUGACCAGGGCUGUACAGGGAGGAGGAUACUGAAGAAGCCCCAGGACUUGCCUAUUCAGAGGGUGGCCAAACGCCCUGCCCGACGCAUCCAGAAGAACAUGUGUCUCUCCCCUACUGACCCCUACUCUGGCAUGCUCACCACAGGGGUUAGUGUGGAGCCAGACAACCACUGGGGCUCCCAGAUCAACCAGUUGGAGCAACUCAUAGACAAACUGGAGUGUGAGAGUCCACAUCUUGAACCUCUCAAAGAGGACACGUUAGCAGGGACGUAUAAAUCGAACAUUCUUCUGGUACAGAGACAAAUGUCUGUGAAGGAGAGAGAUGUGGAGCAGUUUCAACAAGCUCUCAAAAUCUACACAGAUGCCACCAGCAGCCAGCUAAACAACCUGCAUGUCUCAGUCCAGAACCUGCCAGACAGAUCAUGCUUCAUCAUGUAUGAAUUUUGGCAGGACCGUCUCUCCUGGAUGAGCUACCUGCAGUCGUCCAUCAGUAAGACCUUCCAGCGCUGCAUUAUCGACUCACUGGAAGAGCCAGAGAUGGUCUCCACUAUGCUCCUCCCAGCCUCUUGGUGGAUUAUGAACAACAACUGACAGAGCAUAGUGGCUGCUGUUCAACACAAUAAAGGCAGGAGGAAGAGGUGAUUGAAUAAUAGUUUUCUUUUUUGGUCCUUGAUAUCCACUUUUUCCUUAUGGCAUGACCAGGAUUGUUUUUUGCAAAGCCAUUCUCCAAGGUUAUAAAAAAGAAGACUGCUUAGAUAAAUCAGUAAACAGUGAGACAAACUGAAACCUUGGAAAAGAAAGAAUUGAAAUGAUGCAAUAUUUUAUUGUGUGCCAGCUUUUGUUUCACAAUAUUGGCACCAUUUCUUGCUUCUGAUUUAACACACACAAGAAAUUGAAAAAAAACAACAAAAACAAUUGCAUGAUUUCUUGUUCCCCUGUGCUAGUUUAUUUAAAUCAAAAUUACAUCUUAGAGUAGAUAUGAUGUCAACGAUGCCACAAAAAUAAAAACACAUUAAUAACAACUGACCUGUCCAUCUGUCACUAUCCAUCACUCAUUCUUCAGUACAGACAAAAACAGAAAUAGUGGUAGGGUUAACCUGCAUUUUCCCUUGUUAUCUCUGUGGUAUUGUGCUUGGUUGUCUUCUUCAAAGCUUUUGCUACCAAGUGUCGUUUUGCUGAAGGGUUAGACAGCCCUUAGACAGAACAAAGUUAAUGAGUGAUUAUGGUCCGCAUCUAAACUUUUGUCAUCCGUGUGUCACUUUUGCACUUUAGAAAAUUAUGAAACAUGGACCUUAUUGUGAAGAAUGAACACUUAUUGUAGACUGUCUAUUGAAAAUGUAGAAUUAACAACUGUUUUUAAAAGCCAAGAGCUGCACCGAAGUGUAGUAAGACAUUAGCAGACGAUAACAAUUAACCAAAUAAUUGUGCAGUAUGCCUGUGCUGUUACUUUAUAAAUAAAACUCAAAAGCCAUUGUUUUACAUUUGCAGUGUGUAAUCAGAAGAGUUUAACGGUACAGUACACACAAAUCGAAGUUUAUAUUUUGAGUACAGAAAUUAAGCAGAAACUGUUCUGUGCAAUGACAUAAGCCGGUUAAGAUUGUGUACAGUAGUUAAUGAAAGCUGUAAGAUGUAAGUAAUUGUUGUAGAACACUGGUAAAUGUACAGUAUGAUAGUAUAUUGACCUUUGGUUGCUCUGGUAAAGCGAGGAAUGAAUGUGUUUACUCUUUCUUUGAAGUAUUUAUCGUUUCUUUUAUGAAGAAUAUACAGCUGUU